CUUAAGCUACAUGUUGCUACAUGUUGCUGAUAAUUGAAUGAAAAUUGAAGGAAAAAUGAGGUCAUUCCUUGAUUAACCAAAUCAAGAUGUAAAUUUCCCAUCAUCUGUACCCAAACCACCGUCCAAACCCAAAGAAAAUAAAUCAAUUAAGGAGAUAUUCCUCGAAAUGGAGGCCGAAUGGAGCUCGGACAACCGGUCCGCCUCCUUCGGUCGCCUGCCCACCGUUCCCAAUCCCUCGAUGGAUUUAGAGGCGGAAAGCGAUGUGGCCAGUAAUUGGUCAUCGUUGGCCAACUUCACACGUCUUGUGACCGGCGCAGGUCCGGAAAUCAUCAACUAUACGCUCAAUAUGAUGGACCUGGGUGUGGGCCUAGCCACGGAUAUAUCCAAUCUGAAUCUGAGUGCUGGCACCACCGGCACCACACCUCUGCCCGCCUACGCCAUCGCCAACAGCUCCUCGCUGGCGCACACAAACAGUCGCCAUGAGACGCCUCCGAUUGCGGAACAGGUGCCCGAGCACGUAAUGGACCACGCCCCCCAGUUGUCCCGAUCCGGGCUGCUCAAGGUCUAUGUCCUCGCGGUGAUGGCACUCUUCUCGCUGCUCGGCAACCUGCUGACCAUCUGGAACAUCUACAAAACCCGCAUCUCGAGAAGAAACUCCCGGCACACGUGGAGCGCCAUUUAUUCGCUGAUGUUCCACCUGUCAAUUGCCGACGUCCUCGUCACCUGGUUCUGCAUCAUUGGCGAGGCAGCCUGGUGCUACACGGUCCAGUGGCUGGCCAACGAGCUCACCUGCAAGCUGGUGAAGCUCUUCCAGAUGUUCAGCCUCUACCUGAGCACCUAUGUCCUGGUGCUGAUCGGAGUGGAUCGCUGGAUCGCGGUCAAGUACCCGAUGAAGUCGCUCAACAUGGCCAAGAGGUGCCAUCGACUCCUCGGCGGUACCUACAUCCUGUCGUUGGUGCUCAGUUUGCCACAGUUUUUCAUAUUCCACGUGGCCCGUGGUCCCUUCGUGGAGGAGUUUUACCAGUGCGUCACCCACGGAUUCUACACGGCAGACUGGCAGGAGCAGAUGUACGCCACUUUCACGCUGGUCUUCACCUUCCUGCUGCCGCUGUGCAUCCUGUUCGGCACCUACAUGUCCACCUUCCGGACCAUUUCAAGCAGCGAAAAGAUGUUCCAGGGUUCGAAAUUGGCCAACUAUUCCACGGCCAAGCUGCCAACGCAGACGAAUCGCCAGCGGCUGAUACACAAGGCCAAGAUGAAGUCGCUUCGCAUUUCGGUGGUGAUCAUCAUAGCCUUCCUCAUCUGCUGGACUCCCUACUACGUCAUGAUGAUUAUGUUCAUGUUCCUCAAUCCGGACAAAAGGCUGGGCGACGAUCUGCAGGACGCCAUCUUCUUCUUCGGCAUGUCCAACAGCCUGGUCAACCCGCUCAUCUACGGAGCCUUUCACUUGUGUCCUGGCAAGGGAGGCAAGUCGAGCGGGGGCGGCGGCAACAACAACGCCUACAGCCUGAACAGGGGCGACUCGCAGCGCACUCCCUCCAUGCUGACGGCGGUGACGCAGGUGGACGGCACAGGUGGCAGUUCCCGCCAGAUGCGCGCCUUCCGCCAGCAGAGCUACUACCGCAGCUCCAGCAACGGCACAGGUGGAUCCUCCGCCGGACCGGGCGGAGGCGGUGCUCAGGCGUUCAAGGAGCAGGUGGGUCUGCUGCACGUGGGUCCCGGCACGGGUCCCUCGGGUGGCUCCGUGUCCAGCAAUGCCACGCCGCAGCUGCUGCGGAAGGGAUCCGCCCUCCUGGCGACCCGUCAUCCCAGCUGCCUGAGGGAACAGGAGCAGCAGCAAAGGCUCCUGCUGCAGGAGAAGCCCUCGACCCUGGUCCUCAGCUACGACAGCCAAAGGGGCGGAGUGGGCGUGGGCGUGGCCAGCGGGCUGAUGGACAACAACGAGCGGGUGUCCAGCGUGUGAGAGCAGCUGGCGAUGGCGGCGGCGACGGCGACGGAUGCAGCGGUUACAACAGCGGAUACGGAUGCCUGCUCCUGCUGCCAUUGCCUGA